GAGUAAGAAAGAGAGAGGGAGAGAGAGAAGGGGAAAGUUGGAAAGUAGCUGGAGAGGGCAGGCCCAUUCACUGAAGGAACAUCUGCAGUCUCCCCUGACUUACCUUCUUCAGUCUAGUGCUCUACAGAACCUUGGCCAUGGAACACCUAUGAGGGUGUAACUUCAUUCAGUAGGAGUCCAGCUCCACACACAAUAAAUCCUGGUGCAAAACUGGAGCUUGGCACUUCAGGAACAUGGGUUGCAAAACAAGAUCCAUGCAUUUUGUGUUUUGGUAUCUGUGCUUCUUCUUCCUUCACUUUUUUUGCACAGCACAAGAUGAGGACAUGAGAUUAAGUUGUAGAACAGCCCCAAGUGAUUUAGUUUUCAUACUUGAUGGAUCAUGGAGUGUGGAUGAUACAAAUUUUGAGAUAGUUAAACGGUGGCUGGUGAACAUCACAUCAAGCUUCAACAUUGGUCAGAAGUUCACCCAGGUUGGGGUGGUCCAGUACAGCGAUUACCCAGUACUACAUAUACCGCUGGGAAAACAUGACUUAACAAGAGACCUUAUUGAAGCAAUGGAAGCCAUAGAAUAUAUGGGAGGCAACACCAACACAGGAAAAGCUAUCACAUUUGCCAAUGAUAAGCUAUUCACCCUGUCUAAGCGUGGACCGAAUGGGAUUGCAAAAAUUGCUGUAGUUCUGACAGAUGGGAAGUCACAAGAUGCAGUGCUGGAAGCUGCAGAGGCUGCAAGGAAAAAAGGAAUAAUCCUCUUUGCUAUUGGUGUUGGGUCUGAGACAGCGGAAGCAGAGCUGAGGGAGAUUGCUAACAAGCCGUCCUCGACCUAUGUUUUCUAUGUUGAAGACUAUAAAGCCAUUUCUAGGAUCCAGGAAGUUAUCCGACAGAAGCUGUGUGAGGAGACUGUAUGUCCGACCAAAAUAACAAUUGACUCUCGGGAUGAGAAGGGAUUUGAUAUUCUGCUGCACUUGAACUUGGCCCAAAAAGCCAAAAAGAUACAAGGAUCAUUUUAUGGAACCAAAGCAUACCAAGUGACACCCCGAGUUGACUUAAGUGAGAAUACCAGGACCUUGUUUCCUGUUGGGCUACCACCAUCCUAUGUAUUUGUGGCCACACUUAAGUACAAGGGUCGUGUGCUGACAGAGGAGUGGGAUCUGUGGCGUAUACAGACUAUGGAUGGGGUGCCUCAAAUGGCAGUAACCCUAAAUGGCUUGAACAGAACCGUCAUGUUCACCACCACAAGCAGAGCACCGAGUGGUACUCAGACAGUGGUCUUCAGUAAAUCACCAGCAAGGAAACUUUUUGAUGAACAAUGGCAUCAGAUGCGUCUUCUGGUAACAGAGGAAGAUAUCUCUCUUUAUGUGGAUGACCUGGAAACUGAAAACUUGCCACUGGAACCUCCUAUUGGCAUUUUCAUCAAUGGAAAAACACAAGUUGGCAAAUAUGUUCGAAAAGAAACAACAGUUCCAUUUGAUGUCCAAAAAUUACGAAUAUACUGUGACCCUGAGAUGAAUAACAAAGAAACUGCUUGUGAAAUUCCCGGAGUUGAUGGAGAGUGUGCCAGUGGACCAGCUGAUAUUGAUCCAACCCCUGAACCAUGUAUCUGUCCAGCUGGGCCACCUGGGGCUCAAGGCCUAAAGGGAGAGCCAGGAAGAAAUGCAGAACCUGGUAGACCUGGUCUUGCUGGUGCUGAUGGUAAGCCUGGUAUUCCUGGGCCAAGAGGAAGUCCUGGCCUUCAAGGUUCUCCUGGCAUGGCGGGGCCUCGUGGUUCAGAUGGGUAUAAGGGGGAAAAAGGAAGCCCAGGAGAACCUGGUGCAAGAGGUGUCUCAGGUUUACCUGGGACAUCAGGUCAAGCAGGUGAAAAGGGAGCAACUGGCUCUCAAGGCAGACAAGGAAUGUCAGGCAAAGAUGGGCAAGUGGGUGAAAAGGGAAGCAUAGGACCUGUUGGCCCCCCUGGAUAUCCAGGGGAACCCGGGAGACCUGGAAGAGAUGGUAAAGAUGGAAGUCCUGGAGAAAUUGGUGAAAAGGGAGAUAAAGGAGCUCCUGGCAUUCCUGGCCUAGAUGGAAGAGAAGGACAGCCUGGGCUGCUGGGGUUACCUGGCAGUGAAGGCCCAAGGGGCUUUAAGGGUGAUGCAGGACUUCCGGGAUCAAAGGGCACCAAAGGUACACGUGGAGACAAUGGUGAGAUGGGUUUGCCUGGAAUACCUGGUUCAUCUGGAUUAGCUGGACCUAAGGGCAGUAAAGGAGACAGCGGGGUGCCAGGUCGACCAGGGCUGCCUGGGCAGCAGGGUCAGUCUGGAGAACCUGGAAACCCAGGUCAACCAGGACAUCCUGGAAUGCCUAGCAUAAAGGGACAAAAGGGACAAAGAGGAGAUACUGGUGAACGAGGGGUAGAGGGGUUGAAAGGAAACAAAGGAGACCCUGGAAAACCUGGUGACAAUGGUGUGACAGGGCUAACUGGACAAAAAGGAGAGGGACAACAGGAGAGCCUGGCCUCAGAGGACAGACAGGGCACCAGGGACAACCAGGACAGCCAGGACAACUGGGUCACCCUGGGCUCAGAGGUCAGAGUGGGGAUGCUGGACCCCCUGGACCACCUGGGCCUGAAGGACAACCUUGACUUGGUCCACUGCCUAUCAUCACUGCCAUGCACAUUAGCCCUCAGUAUGAGAGUCAGUGGUGGCUGACCUGCUGAACUACAGUUGAGAAAUGCCUGCCAACACUGAAGGGAGACAUCUGCUUUUGCUUCUAAGCUUCUAGUUCACACAACUUCAGUUAUGUUGACAGUGGGGUUCUAUUUUGGCGCUUUCUGUAAGUGGACAUUUGUAGGCCUUAUUCAGUCUAAAGGGCAACCUUAGAGAUACAGCAGGAAGAUAAGCAUAAUGGAACAUCUAGCCUACCUGAGCUAUUUCAUUGUUAUUUCAGGAGAUUUUAAUCAAGUUUCACUCUCCACCACACUGCCAAGAUUCCAGCAGUUUGUCAAUUGCGCUACCAUGGAAAACAGAUUGCUGGAUCUUUGUAUGCAAAUGUUAAAGAUGCAUACAGUUUAUCAGCUCUCCCUCCACUUGGAUGAUCAGAUCAUAAACUGGUUCUGUUGUUACCCACAUACUGGCCUGUUUUAAGUCAACCUGUGACAAAGAAGUUGAUAAGGAAGUGGUCACCAGAGGCAGAGGAGGCUCUGCAGGUUUGCUUUGAGACUACAGAGCUGCUGUAUGAAUCAGAUGGCAAGGACAUUAACAGUAUCACAGACUGCAUCACCGAUUAUAUCAACUUUUGCACUGACAUCGUUGUUCCUGUCAGGCGGGUACGUUGUUUCCAUAACAAGCCGUGGGUCAUCAAAGACCUGAAGGAACUUCUUAAUAGGAAAAAACAGACUUUCAGACUUAAGGAUAAAGAACUAUUGAAGGGGCUAAAGAAAGAGCUUAAGGUGAGACUCCGGGAGAAUAAGGACGCCUAUAGAAGGAAGCUGGAGAUGAAGCUUCAGCAGAAUACAAAGGAAGUGUGGACAGGCAUGAAGCAGAUCAAUGGCUUCAAAAUUAGGCAACAGACUAUUGGGGGCAGUCAAGACAAGGGCAAAGAGUUGAAUGUGUUUUUAACACGUUCAGCACAACACCUUCCCCCCACACCUGCAGGGGCAUCUCCGCCAGUUCCUUAACAUCAACACCUCUUAAAUAUCGGCACCCACCCCCUCUCUCCAUACAGUCAUUAUCUGUUGAUUUGAAACGUUCACAACUCCCUUACCUAAAAGUUACAACCAGCCCUUUCCUGGACCCUCUGCAGUUUGCUUACCAGCAGCAGGUAGGAGUGUAUGAUGCUGUUAUCUACCUACUCUAGAAGGCACAUGCACAUCUGGAUCAGAACAACAUCACUGUAAGAAUCACUUUUUUUGAUUUCUCAAACACAUUCAACACCAUCCAACCUCUCAGAUUGGGGGAGAAGAUGAAGAGAAUGCAGUUGUAUGUGUCUAUGAUCGCCUGGGUCAAGGACUACUUGUCUUACAGACCCCAAUAUGUGCAGCUGGGAGCAAGCUGAUCUGAAGUCUUGGUCAGUAACAUUGGAUCACCACAGGGAACUGUACUCUCACCUUUCCUAUUCACCCUGUACACUACUGACUUCUAGUACAGGUCUGACUUAUGCCAUCUUCAGAAGUUUUCUGAUGAUUCUGCAGUGGUUGGAUGUAUCAAGGAUGGUCAGGAGGGAGAAUACAGAAAUGUGGUUAACAGUUUUGUAGAGUGGUGUGAGAGGAACCAUCUGCUCUUCAAUGUGGACAAGAGCAAGGUAAUGGUGGUGGAUUUCAGGAGGACAAGGACAAUAACCAGUCCUAUUACCAUCAAGGAUCAGGAUGUUGGGGAGGUGGUAACGUACAAAUACAUUGGUGUCAUCCUCGACAAUAAACUGGACUUGAAGGGCAACUCAGAAGCUACGUACAGGAAGGAGACAAGUAGACUUUACUUUUUGAGGAAGCUGAGUUCCUCUAAUGUGUGCAGCAAGAGGCUGACAAUGUUCUACCAGUCUGUUGUCGCGAGUGCUAUCUUCUUUGCAGCUGUGUGUUGGGGAAGUAGCAUCCGAGGAGGAGACACAAACAAGCUCAACAAACUGAUCAAGAAGGCUGGCUCAGUCCUGGGCUGCUCUCUGGACAGUUUUGAGGUGGUGGUUAAAAGCAGGACAAGGCUAUCCUGAAUAAUACUUCACACCCCCUUCAUAAUCUACUGGCUAUACAGUGGAGCACUUUUAGCCACGGACGCAUUCAGCUCCACUGUAGUAAGGAGCGGUACAGGAGUUCAUUCGUACCAACUGCGAUCACACUGUACAAUUCUUCUUUUUGUGUCGGGAUGCUACUGAGUGGUAUUGAGUACUAGAAUCGUACUAGUUGGUUGGUUGGUUGGUUGGUUGGUUGGUUGGAUAGGUUUAUCUAUCUCUAUCUCUCUAUCUCCCUCCCCACAACAAAUAUUCAACUUUUUUUAUAUUGGUAUACUGUUGGUCAUAGUAUUUUAUUAUUUUACAUGCAAAUAAUCAAUCAAUUCCUAUAUAUUUGUGUGUGUGUAUAAAUGUUUGAUUUUUGCACAGUAAUAAAAAUGCAGAGUACAUAAAGUUUCCAGAGAAACAGGAUGUUUUACCAGAUAGCCUUUAUUAUCUGUGCAUUUUAUAAUAAAUAAAUAUGGAAAAAACAUUGUAUUGAAAAUAUAACAUUGUAUUAGAGACAGUACUGUAUAUCUAUGCUCCAAAUUAUUUUAUUUACAAAUCAGGAGUUUGGUUAUAAAUGU